AUGUUUACAAACCAGGGAACAGUGAUCCACUUUAACAACCCUAAAGUUCAAGCACCACAGGCUGCGAACACCUUCACCGUCACUGGCCAUGCUGAGACAAAGCAGCUGACAGAGAUGCUGCCCAGCAUCUUGAACCAGCUGGGCGCAGACAGCCUGACUAGCCUAAGGAGACUGGCCGAAGCACUGCCAAAACGAUCUGUGGAUGGACAGGCCCCACUUGCUACAGGAGGGGAUGAGGAGGAUGAGGUUCCAGAUCGUGUGGAGAACUUGGAUGAGGCAUCCAAGAAUGAGGCUCACUGAUUUGAGUCGGCUUCUGGGGAAGAUGAACUUGAGGAAGUGACUUGGAGCUGCUAUUUUAUAUGAUGACUGCUUUUUACAUUUGUUUUGUGUAUGGAUCUGGUAAAAUCUAGAUCUCUAAUAUUUUUAAG